CUUUCAUAAAGUUAGUAUGGCGUAUAUCAACCAGCAAUGGCUUUUCGCCCAGUUGCCCAGGCUUAUGGUACAGCCGACGGGCACUUGGGGUAUCUCAUAUGAUGUUUACACACGUCCCUCGGAGGAUCCUAUUCCUUCUGGAUGGCAGUCGCACCGCUCAAAGACCUACUGCGAACUACUCAAAUGGUUGCGAGCCAAUGGCUUUGUACACCACCAGUAUUCUGACCACCGCAAAGACAAUGUCAUGGCCGUUAUCGCAUUCCUGACAAUGAUUCAACUUGUGACCAUCCCCCCCUUUGACAAGUUAUCGACGACAAUCAAAGGGCUGAAAAUGCAUUACAUCGAUGAUAUGGCUCUGCUUGACGUGACCGACGAGGUCAGGUUAGGGGGCAAUGUUUCUCCGCAGUUGAGUGGCCCGGCGCCGAGAGGGCUGGUUCACAACCUGGUUGGAGCAGGUCAUUUGCUACUUCAGCCACCUGGACCUGUACCACAAGGACACCCUGGUGUCCCACCGCGACAUACUCGACGCAAUGCUGCUUCUAGGAAUGUAAACAAUUAUGUAAUGUAGAAUGAAUUCCUUUACUGCA